AUGGGACACAAGAAGGAGUGCUUUCCAGACGGUACCCCCCUCGACACUCGCCCACCUCGCGUCAAGCGCAAAAAGCCCACUGCCGAUGGCCCAGCUAGUGACGAGCUCGUGACCCCGGGCGAUACCAAAGACCUCAACAACAACCAGGCGUCCACGUCCAAGAAACCCAAGCCCAUUGUUGACAAGGAUGCUCCCAAGCGCAGCGCUCGUUUUCGCAAGAAGGCUCCGAUCUCCAUUAAUGAACGUAUGGAACGUGUCAUGGCACAGCGCAUGUUCAUGGUUGAUCGCAUCGACGCUAGCAUUGGCGAUGAGCGUAUGGAGAUCUUCAAGGUCGCCGGCUCGACUGGCAACGUCUAUACUAUCACCCUUGGCUCUACCAUCAUGUCAUGCGACUGCCCCGACGCUUUGAAGGGCAAUUGCCCUUGCAAACACCUGAUCUUCAUCUUCCUGAAGGUCCUCAAGGUCCCCCGUUCGUCUCACAUUUGGUACCAGAAGGCUCUCCUCCCGGACGAAGUGGCGAUGGCCCUUAGCGCCAAGGAUACAGCCUCCGCCAGUGCGUCCAACGAGGCGCGCAAGGCGUAUCUCAGGGCUGCUGGUGCUGUUGUGACCGACGACGAUGACGCUGGUCCGUCCGAGGCUGCCCCACAGCCCAGCAACGAUGAUGGCAAGCGUCUCUCUGCUCUCGGUGACGACUGCCCCGUUUGUUUCGAAGAAAUGACCGCCGAGGAAAACGACAGGGGCCAGCUGGUGUUCGACAUGACUGCUCAAGGCUGCGGCAAGCCUCUUCACACUCAGUGUUUCAACAUGUGGUCUUCGGCAGCGCGCAAGAAGGGCGGUCCCAUUACGUGUGUGUGGUGCCGUGCUGCCUGGGAGACGCCUGCCGCUACCAAGGGUGACCCCAAUGGUCAGAUCACCACCAGCUCCAAGGGAUACGUUCUUGGCAUGAGCGGCGUGCGCGACAUCUCGUCCUACUAUCAAGGUCCCCUCCUUGGCCGCGGACGCAACCCCGAGGCCGACGGACGCUACGACUCGGACUGA